UCUCUCCCCUUUGCCCCCCCCCCCCCCCCCUGCCCCCCCUCUCCAGUCACAGCAGUGGCUGACAUGGAGAAUUCCUCAGUGGCAUCUGCAUCAUCUGAGGCAGGAAGCACACGCUCACAGGAGAUCGAGGAGCUGGAGCGUUUCAUCGACAGCUACGUGCUAGAGUAUCAGGUGCAGGGGCUUCUGGGAGACAAGGCAGAUGGAGAGCUGGACUUGGACAGUGGUGACAAAAUGCCACAGUGGACUGAAGACUGCUUUGACAAAAGAGACGGAAGCUGGACAUCAUCACAAGGAAGAGGCUCCUCUAAACCUGACGAGUGGGAGCACAGCAGCAAUGGCAGUACUGGCUCUAGGCCUAGUUCAGGGUCCAGACAGGGGUCAGGCUCCCGUUCUGGCAGCAGAGGCCGGAAUAACCAGUUCAAAGCUCCUGCUAAGAACGGGAACAAAGAUGGCUCCUUUGACAUCCUGGGAACAGACAUUUGGGCCGCCAACACAAUGGACUCACGCGGAGGUGCAGGUUGGGAUGUGCAGCCAGAAAAGCUGGACUUCAGCCAUUUCCACAGGAAACACUUGAGAGGCACGCCGAAGCACCUGCCACACAUUGACAGAGAGGGGAUGAACAAAAACAAGUUUGUGGAAGAGGAUGGCAUAGACAUGAAUGACAUUGAGAGGUUCCUUCCUCAUCUGUGCUCUGUCUUCCCACCCUUUCCUAAUGACGCUGAGAUCGCACACACCAAAAAGCUCUUCAGACGCAGACGGAAUGACCGACGAACAUUUGAUCACUUCACCCGAGGGCAGUUAACCGUACUAUUGCCUACAGGCCCGGGGGGGAAACGGCAAGUCUCGGCCAGGAAGCAGCAGCGACCUCAGGGCGGAGGAGGAGGAGGAGGAGGAGGAGGAGGAGCGAAAACCCUCCCUCAGCAGAUUCAACAGCAGUCACCUCAGCUGCAGUGGGAUCGAACCCAGCAACAAUAUCCCAACCAACCACAGCAGACGUUGACAGAACCUGGAGAGAACAGACACAGUCGGCCACCUCGCCAGUACCAAGGAGGGCAGCGCACGGCGGGGCCAAGUCACGGAUACAGCCAGAACCGGCACCACUACCAGAAAGGUCAAGGGCAAGGACCGACUAAUGCCCCAUGGGAAAAAGGAGUGCCCCCCAGAGCAACCAAAGACAAAGACACUGAGAAUGUAAAAGUGGAUGACAAGCAGAGCAGACCACUGAAGCAAAACGACAGCAGUAGGAGUCCCAAUGACUCAGCCAGACCUGACUCAACACAUAGUACAGACCCUUUACCAGAUCUAAUAGUUAGGAAAGAAUGUCCCAACCCCCAGCGAGGUGGAAAGGCCAGCGAGGGCCAGUCGGAGCAGCCCAAAGUCAGUCUUCUGCAGUCGUCAAAGGAACGACUGAGGGGGAGACUAAAGGACAAGGAAGAAGCUCACGUGGAAAAAUCCCAGUCCGGAUCGCAGAGCUUAGACCGACUGGUGGACCUCCUCAACAACAUGAGGAGCAACAGCAGCGGGGUGGAGCAGCAGCUGGCCUCCUUCAUGGAGGAGGCACAAUGCUCGGCGCAGUCUGAGGAGUCGCUGGCCCAGGUGGUCAGCACCAUCUACUCAAAGGCCGUGUCUGAUCGAAGCUUUGCAGCAACCGCCGCUAAACUCUGUGACAAGAUGGCGCUGUUUAUGGUGGAGGGGACCAAGUUCAGAUCGCUGCUCCUCAACCGGCUGCAGAAGGACUUCUGCCGCCGCGGGGAGAUCCAGCAGUCGGAUGUGGAGCAGUGGUUAGGUUUCAUCACUUUCUUAUGCGAGGUGUUUGGAACCAUGAGGAGCAGCUCCGGUGAACCGUUCAGGGUGUUGGUGUGUCCCAUCUACACUUGCCUUCGAGAGCUGCUUCAGUCAACAGAUGUUAAGGAAGAUGCAGUCCUUUGUUGCUCAAUGGAGCUGCAGAGUAUGGGCCACCUCCUGGAGGAGCAGCUCCCAGAGAUGAUGACGGAGCUCCUCGCCACCGUCAGGGACAAGAUGCUGUGUCCUGCUGAGUCUGAGCUGACUCGCUCUCUGCUCAUGGAGGUCAUCGAGCUGCACGCGCAUAGCUGGAGUCCCUUAGAGGCUUUGACCACCCAGUACUACAACCGCACCAUCCAAAAGCUCACCACCUCCGCCUAGCCAGCUCCUGCUGCAGCGCUGCAGAUGAACACCGGGAACGUCCAGAGGAGCCACUUUCCAGAAAGUCUAAUUAGUCUUGCCUGAAUAAAUUAACGCUGCGUGAGGGUUUUAAAUCGAUUGGGUAUUUCCACUAAAACAGGCGACCUCUGCUAGAACCAAACCACACACUACUUUACCAACCACUUCCCCCUAAGCUGAGAUGGCAAACCAGAACUGCAGUGUGGCCAGCAGGGGCGUACGCAGCCACGCAGAUUCUGGGAGCUUUCCCGGCUGUUGACUCUAAGGGAUAAAGGACGAAACAAACACAAAAAAGCGGGGAGAGGGCAGCAGCCAGUCCAUGGGGAACGGCAAGAGUUGUACCCCCAGAUGAAUGGAGGAGGGGACGGGGGUCAGGGUGCUCUGUUGCAGGCUUUUCAUCGUGCUGAUUUGCCAAGCCGCCCUACCCUCCUCCUCCUGCUACCCCCAUCCGUCUGAGUCUGGGUGAGCCCCUGGGGUCUGUGUGGCUGAUUACAACCCAGGCAGAAGGAGGAGGCAGCAGACCUGGUGAUGUCUGUCUGGGCUGUCUGCUCCAUCAGGCCAGGGACCAGGUCAAAGGGCCCUGCAGUGAAGCUCUUACGCCCCCCACCCCCCUGCCGCCUUUGUAUCUUCCACCUCCUCAAUGACCCACCCUCAGCAGGAAGCCCCUUUGAGGGGAUGAGACAGCAGGCCUGCUGGGCCAGGCUGGACUCGGGAUAAGGAUCAGACAGGCUAGAGUAGGGUGGCAGAUGGCUGCCUGAGCCCCUGUGAGGCGACACACUCCUAACACACCCCACCGGCACCCCGCCUCAGAGUUACCCACAGAGACCCAAACCCAGCAGUGGUGAAGGGGGGGUUGGGGGCAUCAGACACUGCUGUCUGAUAAAUCCUUUGUCUUGCCUCUUCUCUUAAUGAGUGCAUGUCCAUGCUCGGUCAGUCUGUAUUGUUUAUUCCUUCAUCCUUAAGGUUUGUGUAUGAGCUGUCAUAGCAGUAGGCCUUAUUGCACAGGUUGGGUUUGUUUUGCACCGUUCUCAAGCCACGUUCACACUGCCAUUGACAACGCACGUUUAGCGGCCCCCUGCAAUGGAAAGUCUAUGUAAACGCGCGUUCCAGCUUCAAAAUUCUCUCGCUCAAGCAUAGUUAGUCUCUACGACCGUUUUCGAGCUCUGUAUACAAAAUACACCGGCACUGAACGCCUGUUAAAAGUAAAACCCGGUUGAAGUUCGACCAAUCAGUGACUUGGAUAGGGUAGUGACUUAUGGAUGCGAUGCCUUUUGAUUCACAAAUAAGGGUGGUUUGGUCACGGCCAGAGAUCUAUGACACCAAGGCUUUCAUUUAUCAGAAUAGAGCUGAAAGAAAAAGUCUGAGGCAUGAUUUGCGAGAUUUACACCACUUUGACAUUUUGCACCAAGCCUCUUCCAACUGUAGGUGCCGGACAUAGUCUAGUAAUAAGUAAAGAGAAGACCCUCCCUGCUUGUUCAGUGUGAACACCAAAUGCGUGUUGCAUGCCCGGUGUGUCCGUUAGCUUCAGCUGCUCGUUAUGAAACCUGAGUGUUUCUCUUGACUAGUGGCCUUGUCAAUGAUCCUUCUCUUGGUUGCGCAAUCAGGUAGGUUGGACCAAACUGCCGAAGUUCCUGUUUGGCAAAAAGAAAACGCUUUUAAAGAUGAAAAAAGCAAAAGAAAAACGAUUAGAGCAUGGCAUAUAGGAUAAUAAGUGUAAAUAUUCUCUUUGCAGUGAACAUUUAGCAAAAUGUGGAUUUGAAUUGUAUUUAAUUUGCUUUGGAAAUUAACCUGUGUACUUUGAAAAUUACUAGGAAAAUCGUACCGCUUGACCUCAUGAGCGCAUUAUACCAUGUUCCACCUAAUGUUUGUUUUAUGAUACUGACAAACCAUGCCAAUCAUUUAUUACAUGUAAAUGAGCUUUAUAUUUAAUCUGCAAUGCAGCAUCAUAAGAGGGUUUUAAGAGGAAGACCUGUAAAGGGGAAUUGGUGCGACCUAGCUGUUACGAUCACAGAGACUGGCUGUGUGUGAAGGGGUUGACCUUUCCGUGCAUUUUGAAGAAGUAGUUUCUUACAUAAAAACAUGUCUGCUUAGUUUCCCACAAAUCUCUGUGGGCUGUUUUGUAUUAUUUUUGCUGUCUUGCAUCAAGAAUCAAAAUGUGUGGCGUAGAAGCACAAAGCAGAAGUUUGGCCCAAUGAAAUGGAUCCUAAUCAUCUGUGUGCAUGUGUCGGCUUAAAUGUUUUUUUUUUUGUUUUUUUUUUAUGUCUUGUUUUUAGAUUUUUAUUUAAAUUAAAUGUAACUCAUUUAUGUCUUCUGAGUUUGAAACUUCUGAAAGCAUAAUAUGUUGCUAGCGAGCGCUGUCUUACUGUGUAACUGAAAAGCUCAUUGAUCGGCUCUCACAGCAGAUUGGGGCAGGUGGGGAUCCCCUCCCCCCCCUGGAGCAUCCCCACCCUGCGUGCCCUUAGACCCUUCCACCGGGGUCACGCAAUUCACUCGACGGCUGAAUGAGACACACCUUCAUUUGCAUAUAUUCUCAUGAAUAUUGACAAGCGAGGGCGCCAGUCCCGAGGCGCUCCAUUGGCAGCUGUGGGUCACCUGUCCUUUUUUUUUUUCUAACUGAUAAAUAAACAAAAAGAGAAACGGA